AGCUGGACGAGUAAGCUUACCUUUCACACCCCACCGCUGGCUUCAUUUAAGAAGGUUUCUUACGGCGAGGAGCCUUUUUAGAACGUCCGACGGCAGACGCUGCGCGUGCCAUGACGGAUUCAUCGUAAAAGAGCGCGCGGAACGAGGGCGGGAAGCAAGCGGGCGAACCCAGCCUCUCGCUCAUGAAUAUUCAGCAGGCGUUUAGCGUUGCUUCUCCGCCCCCCUAGUGGCCAGAAAUGGCACUGUCGGGCAACAUUUCUCCUCACACAAGACGAGCUGAGCUGCAGUUGUUGCAUUGGAGGCAUCGGACAGAGAGGGCUACGCUGUGGCGGACUCGCUUCACCCACACGCCGUUUUGUUUGCGCGCCCCGGACGGCCCUGUCUCACUCGGGGUGUUGAGAAGCUGCGUCGCGUCGCUCCGCUCCUUCCUAUCGAGUCUCCGAUGGCAGGCUGGAAGGACGGUUCAGUACAGGAGAAGUACCGGCUGGUCGUGGUGGGAGGUGGUGGCGUCGGAAAGUCGGCUCUCACCAUUCAGUUCAUUCAGUCCUACUUUGUUACAGACUAUGACCCAACAAUUGAAGAUUCCUACACGAAGCAGUGUGUGAUAGAUGACCGAGCAGCACGUCUGGACAUCCUAGACACAGCGGGCCAAGAAGAGUUUGGAGCCAUGCGAGAACAGUACAUGAGGACAGGAGAGGGCUUCCUGCUGGUUUUCUCUGUCACUGAUCGAGGAAGCUUUGAAGAAAUCUACAAAUUCCAGCGGCAAAUUCUAAGAGUGAAAGACCGGGAUGAAUUUCCAAUGAUCUUGGUGGGCAACAAGGCAGAUCUGGAACAUCAGAGACAGGUGACGCAAGAAGAAGGCCAACAGUUAGCGAGGCAGCUGAAAGUAAUUUACAUGGAAGCCUCAGCGAAAAUCCGAAUGAACGUAGACCAAGCCUUUCAUGAACUCGUGAGGGUUAUUAGAAAGUUUCAAGAGCAGGAGUGCCCACCGUCUCCAGAGCCAACACGCAAGGAAAAGGACAAGAGUGGGUGUCAUUGUGUGAUCUUCUGAGGGAGUACAUCCCAUUAAACACUCUGCUGCUGCCACCUCCACCUCUACCACAACCAUCACCACCAGCUGCCACCGUCACUGGUCCCCUGUUCCUGCAUUUGACAUCGGCCGUCUUGUAUUUGUGCAUGACCUGUAAGGAAGGUCACAACGGUGACAGCCUUAGUUUCAGUCACCGGUGAGUCUGGCAUGAAAAGUGAAGGCGUCUCACCAAACCCGUGACACAUGAAAGGAGCAGAACACUACUAAAGCAGCUUUUUCAUUGCCACACGAGUCCAGUUUUGAUUAUCCUAACAGACUUCUGUCCUCCAUGGACGUUUUUGUUUUUGAGAACUGAUUUUAAAUGAAACUUGUUUUUAGCUAUUGGUAAUCAUGCCUUAUUACGUGAGGUGUUUUAAUCACGCUUCUGCAUCUUGUACGUUGUGCCAUCGUUGCGUGUCUGUUCGUCUUUUUUUUAUAUCUGCUAAUCAGCUACUGUACAUAAAGAAUUCCAGUUAAGAAAAAAUCUAUCUAUAUAUAUAUAUAUAUAUAUAAAUAUA